CGCAGUCGACUGCGCAGGGUUUAGAUGGCCACAAACAACCAUGCGGACAGAUUAGCAGUCGAGCGAUAGGAUUUGUUACGCACCUCCUAGCGCCUCCAAUGCCGGUGGUGAAUGUCUCCAUCGUUUGUGGUUUUUAUUGUAGCUUAUUACCUUCAUUGACUUUGGGUAUGUUUAUAUAUAAUGCUAUUAGUUGGAUAAUGUUAUAUUUGAAUUGUACUUCAUUUUCUAUGUAAAAGUAUCCCUGGAUUUAGUAUGUUUCAUCCAGAAUACGCAAGAGGUCGACAUCCAGUGCAACGCGGAUUUAUUUUUCAGGAAUUACUGGAAUUUGUUGUCCUUACAAAACAAAGUUGACCUUGAAAGUGGUAAGCUGAGAAGAACUAGCCUACUUGGAUGUCAAACUUGUUCAUUGUGUCUCAGCAGAGGUAGACGGAUGUCAUGAAGUUAGAAUAACGGACCAUGUACCAAGCUAACUUAUGCGGCUCCCGUUGCGCAGCCUUUCGUGCCAGAGGAUAAUCGGUGACAUUACCUUGACUGCAAAUUACUGGACUGACUUCAAACAGAAUUGGCAAUGAGGAAGUUUUUUUUAAAUCGAGCAAAGGUUUUGACCUGGGUUGCUAAUGCCAGUUUGUACGGUUGUCUAUUCGCCGGUGGGGAUUUAACGCACCAGUUUAUCGCGCACAGGGAGGACAUAGACUGGAAACAUACACGGAACGUGGCGAUUGUUGCGUUCAGUUUCCAUGGUAAUUUUAACUAUUUCUGGCUGCGGGCUCUAGAGCACCGAUUCCCGGGAAGAUCUGCCGGGAUGAUUCUUCGGAAACUGCUGCUGGACCAAAGUUUUGCAUCACCUCUGGCUACGAGUGUCUUCUACACAGGUGUAAGCUUCUUAGAGGGCAAAGAUGACGUUUUUCAAGACUGGAGGGAGAAAUUCUUUAACACCUAUAAGACGGGGCUGAUGUACUGGCCCUUCAUGCAGUUCCUGAACUUUGUGUUGAUGCCGCUGUACCUGCGCACGGCGUUCAUGGGCUGUUCUGCAUUUGGCUGGGCCACCUUCCUCUGCCUGUCACAGCAGAGCGGCGAUGGCACGGCGAGCGUGGCCUUGGCAGUGCUCAUGUACCCAAAGGAGAGACUCCGCGCCAUCCGGGAGGCGAGACAGGAGGAGGAGGAGGAGAAGUGAUGUCACCCAAAGGAGGAGGGGGAGGAGAAGUGACGUCGCCCAAAGACACUUUUUUUUUUUUUUUUGAAAGUGCGCUCAACUCCCAACUGUUUCUUACAAGUUCUUCCUUCAGGUGCGAGCAAACAGCAAAGUUCAUGUUUAGUAAAAAAAAAAAAAAAGCUGCACUCUUUGGGUGUAAUUCUUGCAAAAAAAACCUGCACUCUUUGGGUGUAAUUCUUGCAAGAAUUUCACCCGAGAGUCCUUUUUUUUUGCUAAACAUCACCCAAAGCCACCUCCGAAACAUUUCAGCAUUGUGCCUUUUUUUUCUGGUGGACCACCUUCAGAAUCUAGUAUACCUGUUCUCAGUUUUGUACACCCAAUUCAGGAUCAUCUUAAUUUAUGAGAUGCUUAACUGUGUUUUAUUUGUAUUUAUUGUUAUUUUUCUAUCAUUACUGCACCGAAUCACAUAAUGCGCUUGUUGGGACCGGCAAUUCAGCAGUUUACAGCUGAAGUUUCAACAGAAGUUUGUCGUAUGUUGUAGCAGUUCCAUGUUACAAAUACUUGAAGUGUGCAUAUGUGGCCAUUGACCCAAACACCUUAUCUACAUGAACAAAUCUUGCGUUUGCAGUGUUUGAUCAUUUAUUUGUCUAGUAUCUAUAGGGGUCCUUGUUUUCCUUGGGGCGUUAUAGUCAGCUCUUGAUUGUAGUAGUUCAUGCUAUGUUGGGCUGAUAUGACGUGCUUUUACAACUGAUGAAGUGGCUGCAUAAGUGUGGACAAAACUUUUUUCAAUACCUCAAUUCAAAGAGCAAACAUUCAUUUUUUUUAGACCAAGGCCUCAGAAUCAUCAGUUAUGUUUUGACUGUUACAGGAACAAUUCCAGGGAUUGGAAAUCAAUGAGCUCUGAUAAAUUAAUGCUGUUUUAACCCUAAAACAAUGUUUCCAAAAAAUCAUUCACCAUCAACAUUCAACAGGGUGAGAAGCAUCAUAGAAUUUGUUUUGCUGCCCUCUGUGGACUAUAAUCACACAUUGCAAGUUUGGAAGAGCAGGCCUCCACUCUGAGUGCAUUCCAAUAUGCGGACUUCCGUCCUUCACUUGUUCUUGUGGCCUCGCAUUUCGCUGACGCCCCGCCUCCAUGGAGAAAACAAUAAAGUUUCCCCACUGUCAACAAUUUUUGGGGGACUGUUCUUCAUUCACCAUCCCGAUUGCAAAUGAGGAAAUGACAUUGUGCUUUUGCAAGAUAUUUAAUUAAUUUUCUGUCAGCGGCGGUGAUGUCAUCAUGAGGUCACGAGCAGGCAAGUGAGCAAGGAAGGACGGAAGUCCGCAUAUUGGAGUCCACACACAGUAAUGGAUGCAGUUCCGCUUCCAACCAGCGGGGCAGACAAAGUUGAAAACGGCUUAGUGCUGCUGUUAGGGACCUUUAACCUGGUACAACCUCUCAGGAUGAUUCAAGCUAGCAGUAAGCCAAGCUGUUUUGGUACCAUAUCUGGUGAGAGCCAGGUUAGUAAGGUUAUGGCAAACUAUACACAACCAAUUAUAUGCGUCUUCCUAAAGGGUUUGUUUUUGGAUUGUUUCAUGGGCCAAACCCAGCAAUCUCACAGUAAGCCAGACUACCAUGAUAUUUACAUCUCUGCAACACUUGCUUGUUUUGCACAUGGAUACAGAGGGUGAAGGACAGCUUUAGUAAUGUGAUCCUGUGGCUAAAGAGAGAGAGAAACCCUAACUAGGCCUAUACGUUUACUUGCAGCUGGUUUGAAGUCAGUGCGUCUUCUUUUCCCCUUAGUAUUGUAGAAGUGGUGAUAAGCGAUGGUCUCCCCCAAUAACACACGAUUCUGUACUUUUUUGAAACCAGCAUUUCUGGUGCUAUGGCUUAAGUUCAGAUGGUGCUGAGUGUUUGAGUAAUCACAGUCAAGUUUUUGUGCGUGUGUGUGUGUGUGUGUGUGUGUGUAUGUGUGCAUCCGUUGGUGUGUGUGUCUGUUUUAUGUGUAUAAUAAAUUGAUUUGAAAAGUGG